AUGGAAGAAGAGCUGAGCAACUUAAUCAAAGUAUGGCUCACAGCUUUCAUUUCUCUUUGUUACUGCUACACAACUGGUAAAGUUUUAUCCAAAGGUCCUCUAAGACUGGUUUUGCUACUCCCAGUAUUAUGUCUCUUUCUCUACCUUCCUCUCAAGCUUUCUUCCCUGACUUUUACUGGUUUGACUGCAUUUUUCAUUGCUUGGCUUGCCAACUUCAAGCUCUUACUUUUCGCUUUUGGUAAAGGCCCUUUGGCAUCUGAUCACUCACCAUCCAUCUCUCUUGGUCUUUUUGUGGCCGUUGCUUGCCUUCCUAUCAAGAUUCAACAGUACCAACCUCCAUUGAAAAAACCAGAAGAAUCCCACCACAGAGAAAGCCGAUCACUGUCAAAAUCUUAUGUAAAUGGCCAAAACAAGGAAAACCCAUCUGUCAAAACGCCUGAUAAUAGCCGAGUGUCUCUUCUAAACUAUGCCAUAAAAGCACUAUUAUUGGCUUUGGUUGUAAAGGUCUAUGACUACAAUGACUUCAUCCAUCCAAAGGUCUUGUUGCUUCUUUAUUGCUUUCACAUAUACUUCUUCCUUGAGCUGAUCCUAGCUGUAAUGGCUGGCCUGGCUCGAGUCCUGUUGGGACUUGAGCUCGAGCCACAGUUCAAUGAGCCAUAUCUUUCCUCCUCACUACAAGACUUUUGGGGUAAGAGAUGGAAUCUUAUGGUCACCAGCAUCCUACGUCCCACUGUGUACGAACCAACUCUCAACAUCUUCAAAAACUCCCUUGGCCGAAAGUGGGCAUCAAUCCCAGCUGUUAUGGCAACCUUCAUGGUGUCUGCUAUCAUGCAUGAGUUAGUGUUUUACUACUUAGGCCGGCUGAUGCCGAAUUGGAAGAUCACUGGGUUCUUUGUCCUCCAUGGACUCUGUUUGACGAUUGAGAUUGUUCUGAAGAAGGCUGUGGCAGGGAGGUGGCGGCUGCCGAGGCUAAUCUCAGGAGCAUUAACAGUUGUAUUCGUUUUCAGUACCUGUUUUUGGCUGUUUAUGCCUCAGCUCCUUCGGUUUCAUGCUGAUGUCAGAAUGUUUGAAGAGUGCGCAGCAGUGAGUGCCUUCUUGAGGAAUAUCCUUCAAUCAUUAACUCGUUGAAUCCUUCUAACACAUCAAUCUGUUAUCAGUUGAUUGUCCUCCUUUUGAUCAAGAAGGCGUAAAGGUUCUUUCUUGAGUUUCUGUUUCACUUUUGCUUUAGUAGAAUCUGUUGAUCAAACCACAGCAAUUCUAUGAAUUAUUUUUAAAUAUACACAAUCAAUACAAACACCAGGGUGUUCAAAAACAUUAGUUAUGGGAAUACAGUUUAGUGUUGGAGGUUAAUUUUUUCAAUUCUGAAUUAUGCAGUCUAGUACACAUUGGUUGACCGAUGCAUGCACAGACAGUUAGGCAAUUUUUUUUUUUCUAUUUAAAGCCUUUUGUCCCCUUCAUUUCAUAUCACUUGCUUAGAUUUUCAGAGAGAUAAUUAACAUUGUACAUGUUUUGAGAGAACAUUAUUCUUAGUUUUCUCUGUGAUAGAGUAUUGGUUUGGGUUUGUACAAGAAAGUUUGAGAGGUUCUUUGUAUCUCUAUUUCUGAGUUUGUAUUUCUGUAAUCAUCUUCUUUACAGUGGAAAAGUAUUCUUGGGACAACUCUAACUGGAUGUAGAUCACAUUGACAUAAUCAGUAUAAAUAUAUUGUUGUCUGUUCUUGGA